AAGGUGGUGGAGAUGACGAGGCGUUGCUGAGUUUGCUGGUGACGCGCUCCCCCGUCCUGGCAGACUCCAUCCGCAAGCUCUUCGCACAGAUGCAAGCAGGACCUGCAGGAGGCUCCACAGAAUCCACGCAGGCUUUGGAGGACCUGGCAGGCAUUGAACUUGGUGUCGUCAAGGAAGAGGAGCGUCGUCAGUUUCGGCCACCACCGAAGAGCCUGGAAGACGACGUCUUUGAUCCGUCCGAAUCACCGGUCAUCACCUGCUGGGAUUCCUUGUUGCUGAUGCUGGACCGGUCGAUCCAAGGCGAAGCCUUUUUUCGGCAAGUGGACCCGAGCACCAGCCGCGUGACGCAAGCGUUGCAGCGACGAAACAGAGGAGCAGUGAACGUGCGCGGCGAAGAUCGCUUCGAGAACAGUGUUCCUGAACAGGGUCGCUUUGACAUGGCGAGAGAUCACCUCACUUACGAGGAAUUUGAGGACAAGUGCGGCCCAAAGCUGUGGAAAACCCGCGGUCUCUCGGCCUCUGAGGGCGACAGCGUCUUCAGCGCCUACCGUGAAUUCCUCACCGUCAUCGCAGGGUCGCCCCGGGCGGCACGGUCGCGUGACGGUUGUCUCAGCAAGGAGGAAUACGUCACCGGAAAAGCGCCAGAUGGAAGUGGCUUGCCUGAGAUCAAAGACUCUGCGUAUCGGAAGUCGGAGCAGGGACGUGAGAGGAUUUACACCGCCUUCGAGGUCUACAGGAAGUUCAAACAGGACACCCACAAAUACGACUGCACGGAUGUGGCCCGAGAUUUGCUAAAGCGAGCGGAAAAGUUUAAGCUCAAGUCGAUUCGAAUGUUCUUCGGGGUGUACAUCGACGAAGUUCAGGAUCUCCUGCCGGUGGAACUGCUGCUGCUGAAGCUGAUCUGCGAACGUCCAGAUGGAUUUAUCUUCGCUGGGGACACGGCGCAAACCAUCUCCAAAGGCGUUGAGUUCCGCUUUGAAUCCAUUCGACGUCUCUUCUUUGAGGAGUUCUGCGGGGGCCGUGAGGUUGAAGUGGAGAAAGUGAACAUCAAGGUGCAGACCUGUUCAAUGUGUCACAAUGAGAUUCGGAAUGGCGGCAAACACUACAUCUGCAAUGGGAAGUACCAUGAAUUUUACGUCUGCAACCAAGACAAGUGCGAAAAGGAGUUUGAAAAGCAAUCCGAGGCCGUCCGUCUCCAUGGCAAGGGGACCGGGCUUCAAAAGCGGCUGGCCGCCAGCUCCGGGAAGAUCGUGUGUUUUCACUACAUGCCUGGCACCGGUCAUUGCGGUUUGAUGUUCAACAUAGUGGAGACGGUGCCGCCUCUGCCCAGUCAGGAGAUGCAGCCAGAUCUGCAGCAGAACAUGAGUGGCCAGAUCAAUCAGUUGGCGCAGGUCCCCGCCAUCACGUGUUUGUCGCAGAACCACAGGAGCACCAACAGUAUCUUGGAGCUGGCCGCCAGCAUUUUGGAUCUCAUCACUCACUUCUUCCCUGAAAAAUUGGACAAACUGCCCAAGGAAACUUCCCGAGUGAAGAGCAGUACGCCACCAGUGAUCUUGAACCGAAUGUCCUGGGAGGAGGCACAGAAGAUCAUCUUCGCCAGGGAAUCCUCGGAGAAUGCGGUUCUGGAGUUUGGUGCCAAGCAAGUGGUACUCGUUUGGUCCGAGGAGAAGAAGCGGGAGAUGAAGCAGAAACUGACCCAAUCACUGGUGAUGACCAUCAACGAAUGUAAGGGCCUUGAAUUCUUCGACGUCUUGCUGGUGGAUCCCUUCUCGGACAUGAGUGGAUCCACCAAGAAGGAGUCACAGGCAACUGAAAACUGGAACCUCAUCUAUGGGGUUUUUGAAAAGUUCCAGUUGAAGGUGUCGCAAGGCGAAAAGAAGAGAGCUUCUACCUUCAUCGAGGACAAGCACGGCCUUCUUUGCAGCUGGCUGAAGACGCUGUACGUGGGGGUGACGCGUGCCCGAAAGCGUGUGACAUGGCGUGGUGUUUUGGUGGGGAUGGAGAUGAUUCGGAGAGGUUGGACCGGUUUCUUGGGCGUAGGAAACGUGGGAAGGACACAAGAUGCACAAUGUGCCAACAUGUCGAUGCUAAACAGUGAUUCUAUAUGA